AUGUGCGUAAAGAAAAGACCUUACGUCACGUGACCGCCUCUUACUCCCAAACCCAUCAUUUGAGGAAUAACGCGACAUUUUCGUCUGAUUAGCGCCAGAUCCAGUUGUUUUCGCCGCUGUGCUUUAAUACAAAUGAAAUCGUAGGAUGCAACUGAAACGGACGCAGGGAUUCUAGCGACAUUCACGGACGGAACCGGAGUUUGGUUUUCAAGGCAGCUGAGACUGAAGUCUGUGUGCCUGGUUUGCAAGUGGAGGAAAGCAGUGAAUCAUGGCAGAAAACAACUUCCCCCCCCUUCCUCGCUUCAUCCCCCUUAAGCCGUGUUUUUACCAAGACUUCAAUGAGAUCCCAGACCAACAUCGCACCAUGUGCAAGAGGCUGUACUACCUUUGGAUCUUGCAUAGUGCCACACUAGCUGUGAAUCUGAUUGGCUGUCUGGCAUGGAUGUGUGGAGGCGGUGGAGCUACCAACUUUGGCAUGGCUAUCCUGUGGCUCAUCCUCUUCACCCCUUGUUCCUACGUGUGCUGGUUCAGGCCCAUCUACAAGGCCUUGAAGACUGACAGCUCUUUCAACUUCAUGGCUUUCUUCUUCGUCUUCAUGGCCCAGGUGGUGAUCAGUAUUAUCCAGACUGUUGGCAUUCCAGGCUGGGGAGUGUGUGGCUGGCUGGCCACCAUCACCUUCUUCAGCACCAACAUUGGCUCAGCUGUGGUCAUGCUGAUUCCCACCAUCAUGUUCACUGCAGUGGCUGUUCUCUCCUUCAUCGCCCUCUCAAAGGUGCAUAACUUCUACCGUGGCAGUGGUGGCAGCCUGGGUAAAGCCCAGGAGGAGUGGGCUACGGGUGCCUGGAAGAACCCCCAUGUCCAGCAGGCAGCCCAGCAGGCGGCCAUGGGGGCUGCUCAGGGUGCCAUGCAGCAGAACCAGUACUCAGCAGCUCCCACCUACAAUUACGACGAACCGAUGUAGGGCAGAGGAGGGGGCCAGGUGGCCGAGUGGGAGAACUAAAAAGGGAUCAAUUAAGAACACAAUUCAGAAUUAGGUGCCCGUCAUGAUAACACUGUAAGCUAAACUCAAACAGAACAAUGUAGAAGUCAUGUUUUUGGUGCAAAUGUACUGGGAUUUCAGUUUUUCACUUGAUUCACAUUAUUAUUGACAGUAAUAUAAAAAACAACAACAACAAAAACUGUUGUUACUGUUGUUUUAUGCUGCUCAGUUUCACCUGGUCAAUGUUGCUUUCCAACAGAGACAGCCUAAUAUAGGUAAACCCAAUCCCCUGAGCAUCAUCAGUUUAUUUGAGUAGGUGGUCUCCAAUGUCACUCUGUAAAUUUUUGAAUGACCUUUAAUGUGAUAUUUAAGGGACCGAAACAGCUAUAUUGUUAAGGGUGUUUACUUUUAUUAGCCUUGAAGAUCACCAUUGCUAAAACGUUUAUUUCUCAACUGCUGUACUGGACUAGCUAUUCGCCUGACAGCUAAAGUCUUGUAUACAAAUGUCAAGAAACUUUUAUUUCCCAUUUGACCUUUUUGGGAAACACCCUAAUUUAUUUUCUUGCUGAGAGUUAGAUGGGAGUAUAAUAUCAUCCCCAUGCGUCAACAAUAAAUGGAAUACCUUUGCUAGUAGCUAGCUAGCUUAGAUUAGCCAAAAGACUGGAAAUAGCUGAAACAGAGAGCUUAGCUUUAUCCGGAGAUAGCAAAAUCCACUUAGCAGCAGCUCUAAUUAUCUGACUAACUUGUUUUAUGUCACUUAAGAAGCUCUUAUGGGCUCGACACAUGGGGAGUGUUGUUGCUCCCACUCAAUUCAUUUCCUAUGGAACUUGUGCAAUGAGGCGACAAUCGCUUGCUCUCCUCCAGCCAAGCAACCAGCGAAAUUCGUGCAUGUGAAAUUUUGAGCUCGUACAUGUAGACGUGCACAUGCGGGCAGGCGACCCGACUCAGCAAAGUUCAACUUUUGUCGCAGUUGCAUGGCACUAAAACCAAUCAGUGAGGGUUCCAUUGACUGACCAAUGAGCGGAGAGUAUGCUACACGCUGCAGUCUGCAACCACUUUCAACAUAGAGGAAAGCAUCAUUUUAGCUGUGUUUGACUUUCCUAUAUUAUAUGACACUUCACACAGUGAUUAUCAAGAUACACAUAAAAAGGCAGCCGUAUGGAAACUGGUUGGUGCCAGGGUGAAUCUGUCCGGUAAGUUUUCUCCACUGUAAGAUUAGUGAAGUCUUAUCUUAGCAUGUGUAUAACAUCAAUAUUUACUAUCACUACGAAUACUGAAAUGUCAAAAUCCCUCCAAUUUCAUAACCAAUCAAAUUUCUUGGAGACAAGUGACGUGAGACAGCGAUUCGCAAUGCUGCCGUCGCUAUCGCGUCCCGUGUGUUGGGUUUCACCCCAGUGGCGAUGAGGGCCAAUUAUCGCUGUCGUUUGUCACUCCCCGUGUGUCGACCAGAGGCAGAUUUUGUUACAUUUUAACAAAGCCACACUAACUGUUUCUCACCGUUGAGUAAAUCGAUGUCCAACUGCCCAACUGGUUGGCGAGUGGUACCUGGAGGUUGCUGGCUGUGAAAUCAGUCAAAAAGAGCAUGCUACACCAACAACCCCCUUGUGAUUGCUUUAGUCAGUAGCAGGUUUCCGCAGUCGCCCUUAGUUUGACUCGAAGACACUGACUUGUCUGCAAACUGUCACUAACUACUUGCCAAGUGGCAGUAAAACUUGAAAAAAUGUGUCUUAAAUUAGAAAUGGAGAGCGUUGUGCUGUUUGAAACACGUUGGGAGCACCGCUGAGGCACAACUUCUACUUUGAAGGCAAACGCUCUGUUUCCAGUUUGCACUGCAAUUUGCACAGUACCGUCACAGCGCUGAGAGUAGCUACACAGUGUUUGUAGACAAGUUGGCAUCUUCCAUGCAACCUAUUGGCAACCGUAGCAGUCUGCUAGCAACCAAAGCAAAUGUUAUAUUUAUCAUAUAGAUAUGACAGUGGUAUUAUUGUUCAUUUCUUUACUUACAGCAAGAAAUAAAUUAGGUCAAACUACCUAUUUGUUAAAGAUGGUACAGUUGAAUUAAACUUUGGUAUUUUCUUUUAAUUUUGCUUUAA